CUUCUCUCUCUUGCUCAGAGAUUUUUCAGUAAAGAAGCUAGAGAGACACUAUGCUUCAAAUAGCAAAGAUAUAGCUUUAAUGCAGGCUUCAUCCAAGAUAAAACAGAGAGAAGGCCAGAUAAAUCCUUUUCUACUUCAGAGCUAUCUAAUUUAGGUUAUUGUGAAAUAUGUUCAGGGCAAUUUUUCUUUAGUAUUACCGUAUAUUUUGAAGGGUCCAACUCGAAUCAGAAAAUUUACAGCUUUCCUAGUGCCUCAAUGGAAACAGAACAAGUCUAAGAGCAAAGCAAAUAGUGAGACUUAUCUCUGUGACCCUUCUCCUUUUCAAAAAUUCGACGUUAGACAAACGUUCAAACUGAUGAUUAUUCCUAUUUCAGGUAUUCCAAAAUUUCAGGUACAACUCGAAAAAUAAUAUCGAUUAAAUUUCCAGAAGAAAUCUCCACUUUCGCUGAAAUAGCAAUGAAUCAUGUGGCCAAGAGGUCUUCCUAGCCCAAAUAAUAACUAGAUCCCAUUGCAGCUGUGGCUCCAGUGGAGUUUUCCUGAGUUCAGAUAUUUCUUAAGACUUCUCCAAAUAAUAUUGCUCUCUAUCACAGAAGAAAAUGUCUAGAAAAUGAGGGCAUAGAGAGGCAGAAGUCUAGUUUUCAUCGCUAAAUGCCUAAUGUGAGCCUCUAGCUCUAGCUAACUUUGUUCGGAAUGCUUUGUUUCAACUGGAAUCUCUGAAACUUGGUUUUUGAGGUGAAUAACUGGAUAAGUAAAGAAAGUCUUGGAGCAAUAAAAAACUUAUACAAGGGAUGGAAAGAGUCCAUCCGAGGAUAUCAGACAUCCAGAUGGCAACUUUGUUCUGGAAUACCUGAGAUUCAUGAACAAAGGGUUCUAAGUGAGUGACUAGAUGUAGUUGAGUAAUCUAAACCACCUUGUAAGGGUUACCUGAAAAGUACCAGAAUGCAUUAUCUUUGGUAUAAGUCAGGCAGACCGUUGGAGUAAGGAAUGAAGUAAGAAGGAUGCUUAUAAUGAAAAAGAUGAGUUAUUUGAUCCAAGUGCAGGACUUUAUGUCGUCUGGCAAUUAAGAGGAAAAUUUUCGAGUUUCAUCAGUCAUUUGCUGGUUAAUUAUGUAUCCAAAUCACCUCAUUAUAACAUUUUUAGGAAAUUUUAGCUGAAUAUCUAAUCCGUAUUGGGAAUAUUUGACUUGAACUAACGAAAAAGACUUUCAUCAGUCCACUUUUUGAUGUUUUAGCCCCUAAAAAUCCAAGAGCUAAGAGAAAGCAAUCAAGUCUUGCUGAAUUAUUAGACCUUAUUCCCAGCAUAGCUUUUUGGCCAUAAAUACUUCGAUACUAAACCCUAGAGACUAGACUGCCUAAAGCAAGCUCUACACAUUGAUGAAUAACAGGAUUAUGGUACUCCAGAGCAUGGUCCCUUACUAUAAUAUUUUGUAAGGUCCUUUAACCAAGAAUUAUUGACACAAUUAUUCCCCUCUAUUGUCAAAAUCCUAAUUUUCAUAAGAUUUUGUUUCCAGGUGUUCUUUGGACUUGAUGAAGAUCUAAAAAGUAAGCCAGAAGCUCCAUAAUAUACAAUUUUUGGAGCAGCUGUCAUAAUUACCUGCAAGUAGUCUAGCACUAUUAAUAUUUCUAAGAACUUUGUCUUUUGACCAAACUGAUGGCACUUCAAAUUAAAAAGUAUCUCCAGGUUUUAAUCUAACGCAUGAGGUAUCAAUAUAACAAGAAAUGAUAUGCAAAGUCUAUGAGAGAGAUUUCAAUGUCUGAAUAAUUAGUUUAUGAUGAUUUAUUAGAUUUCCAGCAAUCCAACAAAGGGAUAAAAGGUUAGGCAUUCAGUCGAUUUGCGAAAUUUUCAAAUAUUCAUUCUUUAUAAGUUUUUGGAUGAUUUUGCAGUUUCCAAUUUGAGUAGAUGUGACCUCGGAACUUGCUUUUGAACUUAUGGUGAUAACGAGCUUGAUUUGAUAAUAUUUUAUUCAUUUUCCUGAGUUAUGGCCUGAUAAAUCUCUCUAAUAGGUAUAGAAAAUGCGGAUGGACAAAGAAUAUGUCUAUCAAUUCAAUUAAAAAUCUAAAUACCAUAGGACCUCAAUACAUCAAAUUUCAAGACUUUAAGUUAUUUUUGAAUAGAUUAUUAAUGCAAUUUCAAAGAGCUAAAUUGGCUUAUGACUCUCUAGGAAUAAACGACACUCAGUCAGCUCAAGCCAUACUUAUGUCCUGAGGGUUGUUUUCCAAUAGCUUGGUAACCAAUACGAGAAAUCAAGGCGGAAAACAUCAACUAUUUGCUUUCCUCAUCUCUCUCAAAUAUUGCAAAAAGAGAAUCUAGAUUAAUAAUAUUUUAACUUUGCUAAGCAAGCUUUCCCAUAAUGCCAGAUCCUCAGGAUUAUGUGCCAAGAAAAUAAGAGAUUAUUUAUGAAGAAACUCUUAUUCCUGAAGAUUUGAUACAGGAAAUACGAGUUUAAAACUGAUAGAAAUCUUUGCUCAAAUCCAGUAAGAACACUCAAGAGCAUCAUAAUCUUCAAAGAAGGAGAUAACCUGAUAAAAAUGCCAAAUUACGCAAAAUUUAUUUAAAAAUUGCUG